ACUGUCAACCAAUUAGCGUGUCCGAAAGUGGCAUCUACUCUCACGGCCAUCUGAGUUGCAUAGUUUUGGCGGCUGCCUUAAAAAUAUGGCGGAAAUUUCGAAAGAUUGCAGUGUGCCCAUCAAGAUGUCAUGGGGUGAGCUUGAAGCCUUGUGCCGUAUAGAGGGGUUCCACUGUAAAGAGUUGGGGAUAACCAAAGCAAACGUCAAGGAUUAUGAAGUGGAGUUCCUCUGUGACUACAAAAAGACUAAGGAAGAAGAAUUUUACCUGGUGAAAUGGAGGGGCUUUCCAGAGUCUGUCAACAGCUGGGAGCCCAAGUGGCAUCUGAAAUGCCCCAAACUGAUGAAGCAGUUUCACCUCGACCUGGAUCAUGAGCUGAGACGCCAAAAAAGACGUACAAUCCCAAAAAAGCUGGAUAAAGAAAUCUCAACACUCCUCGUUCAGAAAGCCAAACUUCGUCAAAGACUGAAGACCUGGGAAGCCCAAUUAAACCAAACCUGCAACCAUCCCGGUCGCAUCUUUGUCUUGAACGAUGUCGACCUCGAAGGUCCGCCAAAGAACUUCAAUUAUAUUAACAGCUACAAAGCAGGCCCUGGUAUUGUUUUUGAUGAAAUGGCCGUGGGCUGCGAGUGCAAAAACUGUUUUGACGAGCCGGUCAACGGAUGUUGCCCUGGUGCGUCCUUGCAUCGGGUUGCUUACAAUGAACAUGGCCAGGUCCGGAUCAGGCCGGGACAGCCCAUCUACGAGUGCAACGCUCAGUGUCUCUGUAGCAUGGAUUGCCCUAAUAGAGUGGUGCAAAAAGGCAUUCAGUUCGACCUAGCUAUCUUUAAGACGGAGAACGGCCGGGGAUGGGGAGUACGUACGCUGCAGCAUAUAAGGAAGAAUACGUUUGUCAUGGAGUAUGUGGGAGAGAUUAUUACGACAGAUGAAGCAGAGAAGCGAGGUCAUAUAUAUGACCGCGAAGGCUCUACGUAUCUGUUUGACCUGGACUAUGUGGAAGACGUAUACACAGUGGAUGCUGCUCAACAAGGAAACGUCUCUCACUUUGUCAACCACAGUUGUAACCCGAACCUACAAGUAUACAAUGUGUUUAUUGACAACAUUGACGAGAGGCUCCCCAGAAUUGCAUUAUUUUCAACACGAGGCAUUCGGGCAGGAGAGGAGCUCACAUUUGACUACAAAAUGCAAGUUGAUCCAGUUGACACAGAAAGUUCCAAAAUGGACUCCAGUUUCACUCUAGCUGGCAUCUCCACUUCUCCAAAGAAGAGGCUUCGAGUGGAGUGCCGGUGUGGGUCGGACUCAUGCAGAAAGUACUUGUUCUGAUACAGUAUAUUGUUGAUGUAGCAAAAAAAAGGCUCUUUAAAAAUAUUUUCAUUGUAUAUAUUGGAAUUUUACAUGAAGUUCUUUUAACAAAGUCCUUGGUUUCCAAGCUCUUGGGAAUGAGGUUGCAUUUUAAAGGGGUUUUUAGUUUGCUGAAACAUUCCAUGCCAAAUCAUUUCUAUCCAAAGUUCACAUUAUAAGCAUCACAACUGUCUUCCUAAUUUAAAUCCAUGGUUCUCUUCCUUGUUCAAUGACUUCUGAAUGGGCCGGUUCCACUGAACUUUCCUCUUAAUCCCUUCCAUGGCCAGUUUUGAUGUUGUUUCAGUAUUUUCUCAGUCCCUGUGGAGUCCAAGUAUAGAGUUCAUAGUAGAUACUGUGACCAGGCUGGUGUAAAAUACUUUAUUUUUUAGGUAGCAUUUUUACAUUGCACAGCCCAAAUUCCAAUGAAGUUGGCAUGUUUUGUUAAACAUAAAAACAAUGCUAUGAUUUUAAAUUGACGUUCAACCUAUAUUUAACUGAAUACACUAUAAACGCUUUGUUGUUGUUUUUUUUUUUUUGCAAAUAAUCUCGAUUUAGAAUUUUUUUUUGACUGCAACACGUUUGAAAAGAGCUGUGACCGGGUAAUGUUUACCACUGUGUUACAUCACCCUUCUUUCAACAAUAUCAAAUAAAUAAAAUCUAAAAUCAUGGUUCGUCUGACCAGAGAACUGUUUUCACAUUUGCCAUACUCCAUUUUAGAUAACUCCAGGCCCCAUAAAACGCAUUUGCCUCCAAGUCCCGAAGACCACGGCAUACAAUAUGGUCCCAUGCAGGGAUUUCUCCAGAUUCUUCAAAACUUUUGAUCAUAUUAUGGACCGUAGGUAAUGAAAUCCUUGCAGUUGUACGUUGAGGAAAAUUAUCUGUAAACCCUUUUUACUAUUUUAAUAAUAAUCAUGCAUUUUAUUUCAAAGUGCAUUUCUGAACACCCAAGGUCACUGUACAAGAAGAACAAAUAAAAGCCUGCAAACGUGCAGAUGAAAAGCAAAUUCAAGUAAUAGGAAAUUGAAAAUAGAUAGCACGGAGCAGAACAGAGGUCAAGCCGGGAAUGAUAAAUUGAACAGGUGGGUUUUAAGUGUGCAUUUGAAGAGAAUGACAAAAGUUCCGUAUAUCAGAAGGUAGAGACUUCCAAAGCUGGGGGGCAGAGUGGCUAGACUCAAAUUCAGAACUGCUAUAGCUAAGAUUGUAAUCAAAUUCCCAUUGAAAUUUAUUCAGAUUUCAAAUUUUCCUCAAAUAAAUUGGGUGUUUUGCACUUAAUUUUCACAUUGCAAAAGAAACUUCAUGUCUACGUUCUUUUAGUUAUUAUUUAUUUUACUUUUCACCUGUCCUGUUCAGCUGCUUUGACACGGAGAAUAGACACCACUCACCAACGUCACACAAUGACGUGUCGCUGUAUUGUGCCGCCAUAUUGUCCGUCAUUGUGUGUCCGUAUUCUUAAUGGUCUCAAUUUAUAGUGCAAUUCAUGGAAGCCCCGGUGCUUUCAGACGCUGUAAACUCAUUGGAUGUGUUGCAUAAAAGGCGUUAUGUGGAAAAGCUUCGGUCGAUCCAUUCGCCAGAUCCAUAUUUGAUGCCUAAAUCGAUAUUUUUCGACCUGCUGUCUUCGUCGUCUCUCCCUGACAUCUGCUACCCUGAUAUCUACAACUAUCUUGUCCACAGAAACUCAGCCUAUUCUCACGAAACUUUGAAAAACUUUAAGAGCAGCACUCAAAGGGUCACGCGGGGUAAUGUUGCUUAACUUCCAAUUUUCUAAAAUGGCGACAAUCAAAAGAAAAGUUCACUGCGAUGGCCGACGCUUCAAGGAUAGGUGGAUAUUGGACUAUUUCUUCAAUAAAAUACGCAAUAACUGUGUCUGCCUCAUUUGCAAAGAGACAGUCGCUGUUUUCAAAAUGUUCGAUGUGACGCGAUAUUACCAAACAAGACACGCUGACACGUACAACAACAUUACAGGGAAGAUACGCAGCGAGAAAUGAAAGCAACUUGAAGCUAGUUUAAUUUCACAGCAGCAGUAUUUCGCAAGAGCCCGAGUGUCGAAAGAGAAUGCCACAAAGGCGAGAUUGUUGAAAUUGUGAAUUAAAAAAAAAUAAUAAUAAAACAUAUGACACACAGAAGGGCUUGCUAAAAUUUGUUUAAAUAUAUUGUUCUACGUAAAUCAGCCAAGGUAGCCCCCCACAUUUUUACCACACCAAAUCUGGCCCCCUUUGCAAAAAGUUUGGACACCCCUGUUUAACUGAUGAUCCGUAGACGAGGCCAGCUUCUUUCACUUGUUACCAGCUAAAUAUUAUUCAAAAAAUAAUGAUGGUGGAAGAAAAAAGAAUCUUGAAUUUGAAACUGUAUGUUGUCGCCGAUUAGCCUCGCAAUGAUCUUAAUUGUGGUUGUCAGCCCAAAACCCUCUAAAUAUAUAUUAAAUGCAUCUUACCAGAUAUAAAAUGACUACUACAUAAUCUGUGGUGAUCGUUUGGUGCCCAGUUUUCUCGUCGAAUUGCAGCAGUCCAUCUCGCUCUCCUCUCCAGGUCUCUCGGAAUACGGUAGAACUUCAAGUCUCUCCGUCUAUCUUCUUUGUUACUGCAACCAACCGCCACACACGCCUUCACCAUUUUGAUUAUUAAUGUUAACGAGCAGAAAAACAUGCCAUAAUAGGAGGGAUUUACGUAGCGGUAAUGCGUAAACACGACAAGCUGACGGACAAUAUAACGCGGAGGCGUGGUUGUGACGUCAUGUGAGUGGGGUCUAUAGGAAUCUGAGCGUCCUUAUAGUCUGAACAGCUUUAAAUUAUCACAUGGGAGUUUUAUAUACUCCCAUUGUGGUUGUACAUCAUGUCUACAUUCUCAUAUUGUGGUCGCAUCCUUGCAUUACAUACUAUUUUCAAGACGUAAAAUGUGACACAAAUGUUUUUAAAAAAAAAUUUUUUUUUUGUUAACUGCGCAGUGCAUGCUGCCUGUAGAUCCUACCUCAUACCAAGUGUCCGUCAACCUUCAUCUGAGCAAACCAGUUUCUCCUCCCAUCAGACAGGGGGAAGGAAUUGAAAGAAAUAGAAUAAAGCCUAUAAACUGAAGGCAACCCAGUCCAAAACCUUGUCUAAAGCGACACUUGUUCUUUAGUCAGAGUAUGAAAGUAGGGCCCUGUGUGUCUUAACCUUCACCGAACCCCCGGGUUUCAAUUAAACCCAGGUUAAGAACCACUGCUCUUAAACCAUAGGUGACAAGAUGGGCAUGUGGGACUGAAAGAUGGAGAGUAGAAGAGAGGCGGAGUGGUCAAGAAGUGUUAAUAAGAAGGAGUUCAGAUAGAUAGGAUGGGGCCAUACCGUGAAGAGCUUAGUUAAUUCGUUGUUUGACCGGUAGCCAGUGGAGUUGACGGAGGAUGGGGGUGAUCUGGUGUGUGGUUUGGGUUCUUGUGAUGAGGUGGGCAGUGUUGGGGGUGAGAGAAGGGCGAAGACUGGAAAUAUUACGGAGGUGGAAGUAAGCAGCUCUCGUGAUGUCGUUAAUGUGGGAGCGGAAGGACAGCGUGCUGUCGAGGAUGAAACGUAGACUCUUAACCCGGGUGGAGGGAGAGAUGGAUGCAUCGUUAACGGAGAUGGAGAAGUUGUUGUAGUUGUGAGCGGGGCAGGGGUGCCGACUAGUAGGACUUCUGAUUUGGAGCUAUUAAGUAGUAAAAAGUUUGAGGAGAGCCAGGAAUUGAUAUCUUCUAGGAAGAGGGUGAGAGAGGAAGGCGGAAUGGAGGAGGAUGGUUGAGAGGAAAUAUAGCGCUGGGUGUCAUCCGCAUAGCAGUGAAAGUGGAUGUUUGCGGAAAAUGGAACAGAGGGAGAGAAUGUAAAUGAUAAAGAGAAGCGGUUCCAGGACAGAGCCCUGAGGCACGCCAAAUAGAUAGGUGAACCAAGUGUGGACUGUGCGGGUGAUGCCAAUGGAGGAAAGUCGGUCAAGUAGAAUAUUGCUACAGAUGGUGUCGAAAGCCUCUGUGAGGCCAAGGAGGACGAGGAUUAAGGGCAAGCCAAAGUCAGAGGCUACAAGGAGGUCGUUGGUUAUUUCUACAAGAGCUGUUUCAGUGCUGUGAAGGGAGUGGAAACCGGAUUGAAACUGCUCAUAGAUGAUGUUAGUGGUGAGAUGAUUGUGAAGUUGAGAGGCAACGGACUUUUCCAGGAGUUUGGAGAUAAAGGGUAGAUUGGAGAUGGGGCAGAGGUUGUUAAAAUUGGUAGGAUCCAAGCCAGGUUUCUUGAGGAUGGGUGUGACUUUAGCAGUUUAUGAGGGAGGAGUGAAUAAUAUUAGUGAUGAGGGAAGCAACUAAAGAAAGGCAGGUUUUAACAAGAGAUGUGGAGCAAGGUGACAUGUUGUGGGUUUGGAUUUAAUAAUGAUGUCAAGGGUGGCUUGGAUUGAAGGGAGAGUAAAACUUGAAAAUGGGCUUGUGAGAAGAACAUGGUGGAUGAUGAAGUCUGUCCGAGAAACUGCAUCUCUGCUGUUUAUUAGAAGUCAGUGGAUGUAUGCACCUGUGAGAUGUUCCAAACAGAUGUUUGAUGAGCAUCCCUCAAAUUUCCCAAUCUCUUUUGCUAUCUGUCCCAUCUCUUUUGGAACAUGUUGCAGCCCAAAAAUUGUAAGUUACUGAGUAAUUGCUUACAAACAAUGAAGUUUGAACAUUAAAUAUGCCUUUGUACUGUGUUCAAUUAAACAUAGGUUGAGCAUGAUUUGCAAAUCAUUGUAUUGCGUUUUUUAUUUUAAUCUAACA